GCGUCACAACCGGAAAAGGAAGAAAAUCCAGCGACGGACACUUGUUGGUGUGACCCCAGGAGGCACAGGUGUGAUUCAGAGACUCAGUUUCUCCACAGCUCGGAGAAGAAGUCCUGACAAACUGAGUCUUUACGUCGCUCUUUCACACGGAGCUCCGUCAUGUCCGCAGCCGUGGCGCGGCUGCUCUUCUACCCGACGUUAGGAUACAAUGUUCUCAUGGAGAAAGUGUCGAGCCGCCGCUGGUUCGACCGGGUGGACGAGACCGUGAUAGUGGGAGCACUUCCGUUCAGAUCCAUGACCACACAGCUCGUAGAAACAGAAAAUAUCCGAGGAGUCGUCACCAUGAAUGAAGAGUAUGAAACUAAAUAUUUCUGUAACUCAGCUGAGGAAUGGCGUGACGCAGGCGUAGAGCAGCUGAGGCUGAGCACAGUCGACCUCACUGGCGUCCCCAGUCUGGAGAACCUGCAUCGUGGCGUGGAAUUCGCCCUGCAGCACAGAGAGCAGGGAACCAGCGUGUACAUCCACUGCAAGGCUGGUCGCUCCCGCAGCGCCACACUGGCUGCUGCCUACCUCAUCAGGUUACACUGCUGGACUCCAGAGGAGGCCUGUCAGAAGCUUGCGACAGUCCGACCCCACGUCCUGGUGCGUGCCGCUCAGCUGCAGAUGUUGCGGACGUACUACCAGCAGGUGUGUGAACAGUCCAGCUGAGAGCACAGGGCAACAAGUGGACGCCGUCAUGUUCCCAGCAGCUGGACUCAAUGUGGACCCACAGACUGAAUUCAUGAAGCUGCUGUCGUAUGAAUGAAUCCUUUACAUUUUACUGUGAAUGACAAACACACACCCAAUGAUUAUUUUAAAUCAAAUAUCAAGAGUUUUAUUGGUAAAUAGCAAAUUUCACUUGUGAAAAAUAAGUGAGAAGAAAUCAUAAUUUCUACACUUUUAACCAUCAUUUCAUAAAACCCCAAACUUUGAAGUGACUAAAACAUCUCCACUCUCUGGUUUUAUCACCUGGAGCUAAAACUGAUUAUUAUGAUUUCUGAACGUGGAUCACAUUAAAAA